UGUUUGCUCCGGAUAAAUCGAUGGAAGUUGACUACCUGUCAAAGGUGAUCGUAGGCCCCGGCAGGCUACCUGAUAAUGUCCAUCUCCAGUCGCCCUCACUCGAGCUAGUAAACAAUACAGACCAACACGUGGCAUUUAGGUUCAAGCGGAAAGGCGGUAUUUUGCAUGCCAAAUCCACUCACACUAUCGUUGUAGGAUGUACAGAUGGAGUGUUCCUUGAAUGCAGCAUAUCGGGGGAUAGGUACGUGACAUUUAAAGAUCAGUCUGAGUGUAAUGAAUUUUUCGAGGAAGCCAAAGAGAUGGGGAAUGUUGUGCAUGAGCUGGCACUGGAAGGUAUUUUUACUCGCCAAGGAGAGACACCAUUUCCGGCAAUCCCACCUAUUACAAAGAUCAUCGUGGGUUUGAGCCGUAAUGAUUUUGCCGAACUGUGUGCCCUGGAUGUACACCCAACAGACCGAUUGAUUUUAACAGGUUAUGAAAGUGGAAGCCGCUACAGUGAGGUUCGCCUGCACAAUUAUGAUACGCCGGACAUGGCCCCUCUGCGCACAGUCUGCGGUACAAAACCUUAUUGCGUUAAAUUUGUUGCACAAAAACAACAGUUUGUAGCUGCGACAUCUGAUGGUUUCAUCCAUGUGUACAAUUAUGGAAGGGGUAUUCAAAAAAUAAUUAGUUUCAAAUCUGCUGACUACUUUGAUAUAAGAGUGGCCGAUCAUUCAACCAAAUCGUAUGUUAGUUCACUAUCAGCUGGCCCGAUAAAACUUUGGGGCUGGAACAAAGGCUCGCCAAAUCUCAUUAACGAAAACACGGACUGGAAGUGCACACAAACAUUUGAGGCUGUACAGUAUUGUCUUGAGUGGCCUGCUGUAUUUAACCCGAAGGACACGAACUGUUUUGUUGUUGCUUCAGAUGAUUUCACAAUAAAGGUGUCGUACGUUGAUUCUCCUACAUCUAACUACACACUCUCUGGGCAUUCUGACAAAGUAAACUGCUUGGAAUUCUUUAAACGUAAUGAUCAACACUAUUUGAUCACUGGAUCUAAUGAUUGUACUGCCAAGAUAUGGGACUUGCAGAAAAAAACAUGUGUUCAUACAUUGAGAGCUUUCAUGUCUCCUGUUCAUUCUGUCGUUUCCCUACGAGACCUUCCAUAUCUAAUUUUAAGUUCAGAAGAUGGCAUUAUUCAUAUCUGGAACUCCAGAAAUUCCAGGCUUGAGCGGAUGGUUACCUUUGCCACCAUCGGAAACAUUCCGCAUCUCUAUUUGAUGGGGACAAGAAGACCCGGUCUAGAUCUUUGCCAUCAGGGGUACACGUCCGCCCUGUGUGUGACUGAGAAUGCCAAUGAGUCAAAGCACCCUGGACAUACCAUCAUCUCAGGGAGAAUGAUUUGCUCCGUGCUUCGUGUUGAUAUGACUAUGUGUGGUCAAAAUCACUCUUGGCGGGCAGGAUGGUAUUUGUAGAGCUUGGCGCUGAUGACAGGUGAAUUCCGGGCAAUUAGCACCAGCCACCUGGGGAGCUCCUCGGCCAGCUUGGGAUUUGCGCACUAGUGGCAUACGGAAGGGGGCUUGACUGUACGAAGUGGUAGUUGUUCCAAGAAGCUCGUGGUUCAUUACAUCCAUUUAGAUGAGUCCGUGUCUGGCGCACAGACCACUGCACGUACUAU